UAUACGAAACCAUACGGCCGUCGUUUCCCAAUAUGUUAAGUAGGCAAAACUGAAUUUUCCCGGGCAACGCCGGGCACUUCAGCUGGUUCUAUGUAAAAAGUAGAUAGUUCUAAUUUGCAUCGAUCUAUUCUAUUACUAGACGGCAGCUUGUAGUCAUUGUUAUAUGGCUUACAGAACACAUUCUAAAAAAGAUAAUAAGGGUAAACGGAAAAAUUAUGGAUUAAAUGGGCAAAACGUUCAAACAACAACAUCUGCUACUCAAUCAAAAUUUGCUUAUAAUAAAAAAGUAUCACCAGAAAAAUAUAAGUUAAAACUUAAAGAUGCUGAAUUAAAAUUUGUUGUGGCCGGUUCACAUUCAUUUAAUUCAUUAGAAAAUGAUGGUAUUUUGAAAUUAGAUCAAACUGCUUUUGAAAUUGGAGCUAAUAUUGGUUUAGUAGAUGUUAAAGAUAUAUUUUAUGGAAGACAAACUAUUCGUGACGAAGCAUUAUCAAAAUUUGAUCAAUAUAGUCAUCAAAUACGUUCUUUAAUAUCAAUACAUGCUGAUCCAGCAAAACAAGAAUUAUCAUUGCUGGAUAAUGUGAAUGUCCCUAAUGUAGACAUGGAUGACGAAACAUCAGCUAAUUUAAAAAUUUCCUUUGAUAAACUAAGUAAAAAGUUUUUUUCCUACAAAUGA